AUGGCGACCAACGGCGAUUUCUCGUCUGACGACGAGUCGCCCCCUCAAUCCCCCGGCAUGCAGCCCAUAGCAGACGAAGAAGAGCAAGUCCACCAGCCCGGCCCAGCGCCCAUGCCCAAAUCCGCGCUCAAAAAGAGCAACGCCGCCGCAGCAGCACUCGCAGCACGGCCUGUCCUCCCCGAACAACCCGACCCGCAAGACCUGGACGUCGCCAGCCUGACCCCUCUCUCGCCUGAAAUCAUCUGCCGACAAGCGACCAUCAACAUCGGCACGAUCGGGCACGUGGCGCACGGAAAGAGUACGGUGGUGAAGGCCAUUUCGGGCGUGCAGACGGUGCGGUUCAAGAACGAGCUGGAGCGGAACAUCACUAUCAAGCUGGGGUAUGCGAACGCCAAGAUCUACAAGUGCGAUAACCCGGAGUGUCCGCGACCGACCUGCUAUCGGAGUUUUAAGAGCGACAAGGAGGUCGAUCCGCCGUGUGAGAGGGACGGGUGUCAGGGGAGGUAUCGGUUGCAGAGACAUGUCUCCUUCGUCGAUUGCCCCGGCCAUGACAUUCUCAUGAGCACGAUGUUGUCAGGCGCCGCUGUCAUGGACGCAGCACUUUUACUCAUCGCAGGCAACGAAACUUGCCCACAGCCUCAAACUUCGGAGCACUUGGCGGCUAUCGAAAUCAUGAAGCUCUCCCACAUCAUCAUCCUGCAAAACAAAGUCGAUCUUAUGCGCGAAGAGGCUGCAUUACAACACUUCGACAGCAUCAAGAAAUUCAUCCGUGGCACCGUCGCCGACAACAGCCCCAUCAUCCCCAUCUCUGCCCAGUUGAAGUUCAACAUCGACGCCAUCAACGAGAUGCUGUGCAGCAGCAUUCCCGUCCCGCCGCGCAACUUCCAAGACACGCCCCAACUCAUCGUCAUCCGCUCCUUCGACGUCAACAAGCCCGGCUCGGAAAUCGAAGAACUCCAAGGUGGCGUCGCCGGCGGUUCCAUCCUAACCGGCAUCCUGAAGCUCGGCGACGAGAUCGAAAUCCGUCCCGGCAUCGUGAGCAAAGACGAAAACGGCAAGAUCCAAUGCCGUCCCAUCCACUCCCGCGUCAUCUCCCUCUUCGCCGAGAACAACAGCCUCAAGUUCGCCGUCCCCGGCGGCCUCAUCGGCGUCGGCACCCGGAUCGACCCCACGCUUUGCCGUGCCGACCGUCUCGUCGGUUUCGUGUUGGGUCUGAAGGGCCGUCUACCGGAGAUCUUCACCGAGCUCGAAGUCAACUACUUCCUGCUCCGACGACUGCUCGGUGUCAAGACCGCGGAUGGCAAGCAAGCGAAGGUCGCCAAGCUGGCGAAGAAUGAAGUGCUGAUGGUGAAUAUCGGCUCUACGGCGACGGGCGCGAAGGUGGUGGCGGUGAAGGCGGACGCGGCGAAGUUGCAGCUGACGAGCCCGGCGUGUACGAAGGUGGGGGAGAAGGUGGCGUUGAGUAGGAGGAUUGAGAAGCAUUGGCGUUUGAUCGGGUGGGCUACUAUUCUUCAGGGCACGACGCUGGACCCGCUGGAGGCCAAGGACUGA